AUGUCGGUCACGAUAGACGGCCAGCUCUACCACGAGGUUGCAUCGCACUUGGACGGCGAGGCGAAGCGCUGGUUUGCGACAUGGAUGGAAUCAGUAUCGCCCGUAGAAGAAAGCAUCAACAUGUUGUUCGAGAUGCUGCGCGCAAAGUACAUGACGCAACGCACGGGCCCCGAGGUGGUUGACCGGCUCAGCGCCAGGAGCCAGAUAAAGGGCGACCGGCUUGUCGAGUACGCGCAGGCGCUGCGCGAGAUCGGAGAGAACGGUGAUGUGGGCGAAGACUGGCUCGUCCGCGCGUUCUUGAAGGGAAUGAGUAGCUCGGAGGGUGCGACGCACGUGCGAGGGCACAGGCGUCGGACGUUGGACGAAGCAGUGAGUCUAGCGAUCCCGCAAGUGGGCGACAAGGGCACGGUGUGGUAA